ACCCAAGCCCCAGCUCCAGCUCGGCUCCAGUGGGGAUCCGCCGCCCGCACACCCAGCGCUGCAGCCGCCCCAGCUCCGCAGACAGUGGUCUGCGCCCGCGCCCUUGGAACGCGCCCCCAGCACACGGGAUCCUUCCAGCAGCCCCGCGUGCCCCCUUGCGCCCCGGGAUCGGUCCGGCGGCCGCAGCUGCCUCCUUGGAGCGCCCGCCUGCGCGCCCGGCUCUCCGCUCCCCGGCGCUCUCGGGGGGCCCGCCCGCCCUGCACCCUGGAGCACCGGGCCACGAGCUUCUGCCAGCUCCUCUGGAUCCUCGCGGCCGUGAGCAGCGGCUGCCUCGCCUGUCCGCCCGGAGCAGGACCCUCCUUGCUGCAUUUGCCCAGUAACUCUGGCUGUGCCGCCCAGCCCUUGGGUAAGACGGGCACCCCGGGAACAUGGCAGACGAAGACCUCAUCUUCCGCCUGGAAGGCGUGGGUGGCGACCCACCUCGGGCUGGGGAUUCAGACGCCGACAGUGACGAGGAAGAGGGUUACUUCAUCUGCCCCAUCACCGAUGACCCCGGGACACACCAGAAUGUCAGUUCCAAGGUUCAUAACUACUACAGCAACCUAACAAAAAGUGAGCGCUACGGCUCCAGCGGGUCCCCGGCCAGCUCCUUCCACUUCAAGGAAGCCUGGAAGCAUGCCAUCGAGAAGGCCAAGCACAUGCCUGACCCCUGGGCCGAGUUCCACCUGGAGGACAUUGCCACAGAAUGUGCCACGCGUCACAGGUACAACGCCGUCACAGGGGAGUGGCUGGAGGAUGAAGUCCUGAUCAAGAUGGCAUCUCAGCCCUUCGGCCGGGGAGCAAUGAGGGAGUGCUUCAGAACGAAGAAGCUCUCCAACUUCCUGCACACCCAGCACUGGAAGGGGGCUUCCAACUACGUGGCAAAGCGCUACAUCGAGUCCGUGGACAGGGACGUGUACUUUGAGGAUGUGCGUCUACAGAUGGAGGCCAAGCUCUGGGGAGAGGAGUAUAAUCGCCACAAGCCUCCCAAGCAGGUGGACAUCAUGCAGAUGUGUGUCAUAGAGCUGAAGGAGAGACCAGGCCGGCCCCUCUUCCACCUGGAGCAUUAUAUUGAGGGCAAAUACAUCAAAUACAACUCCAACUCGGGCUUCGUCCGUGAUGACAACGUGCGCCUGACGCCGCAGGCCUUCAGCCACUUCACCUUUGAGCGUUCCGGCCACCAGCUGAUUGUGGUGGACAUCCAGGGUGUGGGCGACCUCUACACCGACCCGCAGAUCCACACCGAGAGGGGCACUGACUUUGGAGAUGGCAACCUAGGUGUCCGUGGGAUGGCUCUCUUCUUCCACUCUCAUGCCUGCAACCGGAUUUGCAAGAGUAUGGGCCUCGCUCCCUUUGACCUCUCCCCGAGAGAGAGGGACGCAGUGAAUCAGAACACCAAGCUCCUGCAAUCAGCCAAGACCAUCUUGAGGGGGACAGAGGAGAAGUGUGGGAGCCCCCGGGUGAGGACCCUCUCUGGGAGCCGGCCCCCCCUGCUCCUUCGCCUCUCAGAGAAUUCUGGCGACGAGAACAUGAGUGAUGUGACCUUCGACUCUCUCCCUUCCUCGCCAUCUUCAGCCACGCCGCACAGCCAGAAACUGGACCACCUCCAUUGGCCUGUGUUCAGCGACCUGGAUAACGUGGCACCUCGAGACCCUGACCAUCUGGACAACCACCGGGACUCUGAGAACAGUGGGGACAGCGGAUACCCCAGUGAGAAGCGGGGUGAACUGGAUGAUCCAUAUCCCCAGGAACAUGGCCACUCGAAUGGUAACCGGAAGUACGAGUCGGAUGAAGACAGCCUGGGCAGCGUCGGACGGGUCUGCGUGGAGAAGUGGAACCUCUUCAACGCCUCCCGCCUCCACCUGCCCAGGCCUUCGGCUGUGGCCCUCGAAGUGCAGAGGCUCAACGCUCUGGACUUUGAGAAGAAAAUCGGGAAGUCCAUUUUGGGAAAGGUCCACCUGGCCAUGGUGCGCUACCACGAGGGCGGGCGCUUCUGCGAGAAGGACAAGGAGUGGGACCGGGAGUCGGCCGUCUUCCACCUGGAGCAUGCGGCCAACCUGGGCGAGCUGGAGGCCAUCGUGGGCCUGGGACUCAUGUACUCACAGCUGCCUCACCACAUCCUGGCCGACGUCUCUCUGGAGGAGACAGAAGAGAAUAAAACCAAAGGAUUUGAUUACUUACUGAAGGCAGCGGAAGCUGGCGACAGACAGUCCAUGAUUCUGGUGGCCCGAGCUUUUGACACCGGCCAGAACCUCAGCCCAGACAGGUCCCCAAACUGGCCAGAGGCUCUGCACUGGUACAACACUGCCCUGGAGACAACAGACUGUGAUGAGGGCGGCGAGUAUGAUGGGAUGCAAGAUGAGCCCCGGUACACGCUACUGGCCAGGGAGGCGGAGAUGCUGUUCACAGGCGGCUACGGGCUGGACAAGGACCCACAGAGAUCAGGUGACUUGUAUACUCAGGCAGCGGAGGCAGCAAUGGAAGCCAUGAAAGGCCGGCUGGCCAACCAGUACUAUGAGAAGGCUGAGGAGGCCUGGGCCCAGAUGGAGGAAUAACGCUGGGAAAAUCACUGCCAGCCAGUCCCAAGCAGAGGGCUAGGAGGGGGGAAAAAGACCUCUUUGCUCGUUUGGAGGUAGGGGGUGGGGGUGGAAGGGGCACAUAUUUUUAGCACCUUGUAAAUCAACUUUUGUAUUUUAUUUUUUGACUCUUGAAAAUAUCUUUACUACCAGCGGAGACACUGCAGCUGUCCCCUAGGGCCGCAUUUUGGGGGCGUAGGAUAAAAAAAAAAAAAAAAAAGCAGCCUAAUGAACCAACAUAUCUUUUUGAGGUUCUUCUGUGUUUUGUUUUUAUGAGAUGUAAGAAAAUAUAUCUUUUGUGCCGUGGAUGGCUUUGCUCCUCACCCUUUUCAGGCUGGGCUGGUAUCACAGAUCCCCAGAGCCUGUGUUUCCUCAGCUGGGAUGGGGCGCUGCCUAUUAACUUUCCACAGGGUGUGUAUUGUCAUGACCUCCCACAAAGCCUUCUUCCUCAGAGCACUUGGAAGCAUGCGAGGCAUUUUGAGGGAUGUGAGAUUGUAUAAUACCCAGAUCCCCUUCUGCCAUGGAGGAGGGCACUCACGCGGACUGUUUCUUUUGGGUUAAUUUCCUUCCCGAAACACAACUGCUUUUCUGGAAUACAGCCAAAUUCCGUUCUUAAGCAUGUUUUCCACAACGGGCUUACAAAACAGAUUUGAUAUAUAUAUAUUUUUUCUUUUUAGGGCUGCUCCCGAGGCAUAUGGAAGUUCCCAGGCUAGGAGUGUAAUUGGAGCUACAGCUGCCAGCCUACACUAUAGCCACAGCAGCAGCGCAGGAUCCCAGCCGCGUCUGUGACCUACACCACAGCUCAUGGCAACACCAGAUCCUUGACCCCCUGAGCGAGGCCAGGGAUCCAAUCAGAGUCCUCAUGGUUCCUAGUCGGGUUCCUUAACCGCUGAGCCAUGAUGAGAACUCCGAGAUUUGAUUUUUUUUAUAUGCACACUUUUACUACCUCGAACUCCUCCAUCAGCCGGUGUGAGAGUGGGUGCACCGCAAAACCUUUAUGUGUAAGAACGGUGGCUUAGAAAGUUGCAGCUUUUCCUCCAAGCAGUUGUGUACUCUGCAUCUCAGAGGCAGCAUCCACAACGAGGCUGAAGCACCCCGUGUACAGUAUUCCUCCAUGUUUUCUCAGCAUUUGCUGUUCUUUUGCAGAAGCUACUCCUCAACUCCCCGUCCUUGGCAUUUUCUGCCUGAAGCUCAGCGGAUUUUUCUUGUAAUUUGCAGCGGGAUGCUUUCAGCAGCAGCCCCUUGAGAUUUGUCUAAGCUGUUGGAGAAUGAGAGGGCAAGAACUGUAAACACUCAUUAAUUCCAGUGGUUUCCCCAGGGCCACGCUAUGGCUGUCUGUAUUUAAUGAGCAUUCCCUUUCAAAGGAAUUCAGAUUUAAUAUCAGUAUGAUUUCAUUUGGUGUUUCAAAUAGCAAAGAAAACAGACUGCUUUGAUCAACCCCAAGUGCUGAAGCAGCCUCUCCUUCUUUGUUGAAAAAUCAAAAUAAGAAUUCUCUCAUGACACAACGGGUUAAGGAUCUGGCCUUGUCACUGCCGCAGCUUGGGUGGCUGCUGUGGCGCAGGUUUGAUCGCUCGCCCAGGAAUUUCCAUGCGCCAUGGACGUGUCCGGAAAAAAUUAAAACAUAAAAAGGCAGAACAUAAUCUACAAACCAUUCUCAUCUGCUCAUCAAAACAAGUCCUUCAGCCUGUUAAGGUUAAGUGUUAUGGAGUCAUGGCCCUGUACACACACUAAGUUCCAAAAUUCAGGGUGUGCCCUUAAGGAAAAAUCAAGCGGAGUCAAAAUUACCCCUGAAAAAUCCUUUAGAGCAUCUAUAAAUGACAGUAUCCCUGCUGUAUUUGGACUCAUCCCAGCCAGUUUCCUUUAGAAGUUGGAACGGAUCCCCCUUUUUCCAUUUGCACUAGAUCAGCUGUUGGCUUGCCUUAAAUUUUUUGUUUGUGUGCCUUAAACCAAUGCUUUUGAAAAUUUGCAUGUUAAAUGUGAGUGAAAAGUAACUUCAUUGUGACUUACAUCUUCGGAGGCAUCAAGCCUCAUCUAAUUGAUGCUUUGGUUGUGGCUGUUAGUUCAAUCAGCCUUCUCUCUCUCUCUCUGAGAUUUGAUUAUGCAAGUCAUUUAUAUUCCCUGACCACUUGUCCCAUUGCUGAAUUAUACGUCAAUGCUUUCCUCUAAUAUGGAUUGGCAGCUUUUAUGUAAAGGGUCCGAUAGUAAAUACUUUAAGCUGUGCGAGCCAUAUAAUCUCGGUUGCAGCUACUCAGCCCUGCUGUUGUAGAGUGUGUCUAUCCAUGGGCAAUGCCUAAACCAGUGAGUGCAACUUUAUUGAUAAAACAAGCUCCCUGGGCUAUAGUGUGCCAACCGCUACUCUUAUCCUGACUAAGAGCUACUAUGUGAAUCACUGGGGGAAAGUGUUACCUCAAUUUUUCAGCCUCCGGUGCUUGAAAACAUACUGUGUUGGCACAGAGUAGGCCCUCAAUAAAUUCAUGAACAAUGGAGAACAGCCCCAGUCACGGCACUCAAUCUUUGUAGCUCUGGUUCCUUCAUUGUCUAGAUUGGCUUGAGCCAUCACCCCUGCAAAUCGCUCAGCUGCAUGGCCUGAAUGUCGGCAGGUGAUUCCCCUUCUGCAGGAGGCUGGGAUGGCCUGCAAAUGCUUCCUUAAGGACCAUUGAGCCAGCAGAAUUUAUUCCACCUUCGAAACUAGUUCUGUGCCUCCUAAAACUGGAUGGGGCAUCUUCUUUUCCCACAAAUGCCGGGCAUGAAAAAAACAAAAAACCCCCAGGACAUUCCAGCCCAACGAACUGAAAAGACAUUGGAGAUUAUUUUCAAGUGCAAGAAACAGGCGAAGAGCCAGGAGAUAAACAGAGUCAAGAUAUAACUGGUACUAGCCAUCACAGAGAAUCCAAGGUUCUGAAAUGUGGACUCUUUCCAAGGACCCUGCUGGUUAGAAGCGAAGCUGGAGCUAGGGUUUGAGCGCUGCUCUUACCCUGGGAAUAAAAAUUAAAGUUCAACUGGACUGUAAUGUCUUUCAGUUCUGCGAUAGCCUUAAGAAGGAAAAAAGCUUUAACAUAAGUGGGAAAAACUUCCCUAACUCCAGUGCAUCUGCAUGUCCUUAUCCCCUCCUCCUCACCUGAGGCCUUGUGGAGAUUGAUCAUCAAAUGCAACUUUGAUGAACCAAGCCAGGUAAAUGACUGCUGUUGCGCUUUUCGUGACUUCCUUUCCUUUAGUCCUGGCACAUUUGUCUGCGGUACUAGAUGUGUUUUAUGCAUCAACCAAUGUUUACACACGUAUGUGCAGCUUGUGUGGGGAGAAAGGAGACAAAAUAUGCAUAUUCUCUGAAUUCGUGCCUGUUACUCUUUUUUUUUUUUUUUUUUUUUUUUUUUUUUUUUGGUCUUUUUCGGGUGCACCCGUGGCAUAUGGAAGUUCCCAGGCUAGGGGUCUAAUCGGAGCUGUUGCUGCCGGCCUACACCAGAGCCACAGCAACGCCAGAUCCGAGCCAUGUCUGCAACCUACACCACAGCUCACGGCAACGCCAGACCCUUAACCCAUUGAGCAAGGCCAGGGAUCAAACCCGAAAGCUCAUGGUUCCUAUUCGGAUUUGUAUCUCCUCUGCCACGAUGGGAACUCUCUGUUACUCUCUUUUCUAAUCUCUGAGGUAACCACUUAACCUAGACAAGGUGGACAUGGGGUGGGACCCAGAGAAGUGGCUUGCAUUACAGAUGUAUGUAUUAAGUUCCAUUUUGCCUUUCCAAAUAAAAUUGUUUCUUUCUGGUCUCAAGUCAGAUGUCUCCUGGUAACAAAUGAGUGAGGUAGCUGGAUGGAGGCAGGGUGAGUUGGAGGGCUCAGCAUCACCUGAGAGGCAGCCCAGAUUCAGCUCUGAAUGGUUGUCGCCAUGAGUGUGAGCCCACCGUCACUCCAUUUUCCAGUUUUUCAAGCUGCAACAAAUUGGAUAUUUUUAUGCAAGGUUUCUUGAUUUUUAGCAUUCUAAUAAAUUCAUAUAAAAUACCUUCCAAA